CAGACGAUUUUGGAUAAUGUUGAAACGUGCGUUCUAAUUUAGCUUGAAGGAGAUCAUUAAUCAAGUUUCACAUGUUCUCAAGGCAUGCAUAUAAAAGUUAAUUCACUGCUGCCCGGGAGUUGCAGUGGACUGCUGUGACAACUACUUUAGUUUGCAACAAAAUACAGUAGAUAGCCUUCAGUCUAAUGUUGUGGUUUGGCUAUAACCAACCAGUCCCCGGCUGUGCGUUUAGAGUAGAGCACGGCAUUUACAGAACAUUUAUGUCGAAUAACAACCAUAAAAGCAUUUGGAAUCCCCACGGUUCUGAGCAAACAUAGGAAAAACGGAUGAAAAUAGUCUAAACUGUCGUAUGUUCAGGUCGAAACGUUCAGGUCUAGUUCGGCGAAUCUGGAGAAGCCGCUUGAUCCCAGAUACGGACGGGGGAGAUGGAAGUGCCAGAAGCAGCGAGGGUGGUCCGGAUGAUUGGUAUGACGGAAACCCCGAAAAAAUUCCCAAAACGGAAUACUUACCGGAGACUGGAGUGGAAAACGUUGCGGAAUCGUGCAACAGGAGUUUAGCGGAAAGUGGGGGACCGUUGAACAUUUUGGGACACGAUGGCGGCUGCAUGUGUGACCUGCAACAGCAUGAUACCCCUUGUCCUGCGCAGGGAGGCGAGGAUCGAACGGUAAUGUGUUGUUUCUUUAAAGACCUCCCAAAAGCAGCGGAGCCAGCUUGGGACACAGACGGAAUCUCUUGUCCGUCGGCGCGGAAUAUCCGCAACCAAAAGGAUAUUCACAGCACUGGUGGAAAAGACCUGAGAUGUGUCUCGUUCGUAGAGCACGAACUCAAAAGGUGUACCUAUGCGUUUCUGAAAAAAAUGAAAGAAAAACCGCUGGAGAUGUUACUGGAGGCCGUGGAGUCAAAAGGCGUUAUGCAAAGCGAUUGUAUUAUAGUAUCUCAAACAGAACUGCGAAUCGGCAGUCAGAUGGCCUCUCCUCAGUACCUGCUUUGUAAACUGUACCGCUGGACAGAUCUGGAGUUGACAUCACAGCUUAAGCCGUUAUGCCACUGCCAGAGUUUUUGGGCACUGGAUAGUCCAGCAGUAUGCUGCAACCCUUACCACUACAGUCGACUCUGUGGACCAGAUUCCCCACCCCCUCCCUACUCAAGACACUCUCUCACAGUAGGACACAAGCCACUGGAUCGGUCAAAUCCCAUGUUGCCUCUGACUGAAAAUGAGGGCACACAUUCCCCCUGUGUCACAUCAGGGGACUUCUCUGAUGCCAGUCUGUCCCUCGUCUCGGUGACGCAGCGCCCCUGGUGUAGCGUUGCAUACUGGGAGCACAGAACUCGCGUAGGCCGCCUCUACCCUGUGUAUGAGCCCUUCACCAGCAUAUUCUUUGAUCUACCUCAGGGCUCAGGCUUUUGCCUGGGCCAGCUACCCCUGGAGGCCUGCGGGAGCUCUGUCCAACGCACGCGAGCCAAGAUUGGCCAUGGUAUUCUUCUCAGCAAGGAGCCGGAUGGAGUUUGGGCCUAUAACCGCAGCCAGCACCCUAUCUUUGUGAACUCUCCCACCCUGGAUUCUCCCCACUGUAGGAGUCUAACUGUGCUGAAAGUCCUGCCCGGAUACUCCUUAAAGGUGUUUGACUUUGAGAAGUCUUGUCAUGUACAGCGGGGUGUGGAUUUUGUCUAUGUGGAUGGACCGUAUGAUCCAAACAGUGUGCGAAUCAGCUUUGCCAAGGGCUGGGGCCCCUGCUACUCCAGACAGUUUAUCACAUCGUGUCCCUGCUGGCUGGAGAUUCUGCUCAACAAGCACAGAUAG